AUGUUUGGGAAAGAGCUCCCUUUUAUUUUAUUGGCCAUUUUCGGAGCUAUUGGAGCCGGACUUCAACUUUGGGUACUACCCCCCAAAAUUACUAAACCUCUCGUUGAAGGAACGCCUAGUUCUAUUAAAAACUUAUUGGGAGAUCCCUAUGUUGUCCUGGCACUCGCUGGGUUUUUCUUUACCUACUUCGGAUGGGCCGAGGUCCAACCGGCGCUUCCGAUGCGAAUGAUUGACCUCUGGGGCGCGACUGCUAUGGAACGAGGCCUCGUCUAUCUUCCAGGAUCCCUUUUG